AGACAAACACAAAAAGAUUGUUGCAACAAUUUGCAAACAUGGAGCGCUUACGUGUGACAAGAGGAAAUGUUUACUUUGCAAGGUAAAGUUUAUGAAACAAAGUCGGAUGUUAGUUCUUUGCAUUUCUAUCCAAACUCCUCGUUUACUUUACUAUAUUUAGUUCUAUUUAGUUAUACUAAGUGCAUGCAAUCAUUGAGUUGAGCCUUGCCCUUGGCAAACUGUCAAUCCAUACUUUGUUAGUGUAGCGACCCACACCACACCUGGCAACGCCUGUCAAUCCACCUUAUUAUUGUCGCUACCCACACCUACCCACACCACACCUGGCAAACUGUCAACCAUGCAUACCUUGUUAUUGUCGCUACCCACAUUGGCACCGUCUCGAGAUUAUGGAUAAAAAAUAUACCAUUCCUUACAUAUACUAUAUUGGCAUUAAGUUAAUUUUGGGAUGAACAUCACAUAUAUAUAAGUGAAUGUAUACAUACAUACAUACAUACACAGUCUGAAGUCACUGAGAAAUGUCAAGGUUGCUAUGAAUAGUGAUUAUUAUUAAUUUUGCAAUCUGAAUAUUUUGACACUAAAAACCAAACAUGUAGUGUGCCUUUAGCAAUUUGAAUAAGUCAAAUGUUAAACCACUUUAUUAUCUUAGGUUUGAUAUUUGUUUGCAAUUAGGGGAUUACAACUUUUAAAUGCCAUACGGCAUUUCUCCGUUGCGAUAGUAACUUGUAGUUUAAAUUUCGAGUCCUCUACGAGUUAUGAGAACAAUAUCGAAACAAAGAAACGCGUUGCAACAUGCCUGCAAGUGUUAAGAACUUGAUACAUGAAGUGUUGAUAUCAAGUGGUAGAUAAGCAUUGUCGUGGUAUAAUUAGCAGAUUAAGAUAUCAUUAAAAUAUCUGGGGGUCAAACUAAAUAUAGCUCGUGUAUACAUUUUCUUACGGGUGCGCUCUUAUAAAACAAGCCGUUGUUAAGUAGGCUCUCGGAAGAGCUGAGUCAAAGCUUAUUGCAAAGUAUAAACAAAUAAUUUAAAGAGAUCUACUAAAGCAAUGAGCUAUCUAUAGUUACGAAGACGUCUCCGUGCUAAAUGCACUGCAGAAACAUUACAACUGUAGCUAUGUGCGUUUUCAGACAAUAUGGGCAGAAAUGGCAUUUGCACGCCAUUAGUGCAAGUUGUAUCAUUCUUAUGCAACAUAAAGCUUGAGAGCUUAUUGCAGAAUGAAGCAAGAGGAUGAUUAAAAUGAAAACGAAAUUUGUGUGUGCUCAGUAAUAUCGCGCGCUAUUUAAUAUGGCGCGCUACUUAAUAUCGCGCGCUAUUUAAUAUGGCGCGCUACUUAAUAUCGCGUGCUAUUUAAUAAAUAUGGCGCGCUACUUAAUAUCGCGUGCUAUUUAAUAAAUAUGGCGCGCUACUUAAUAUCGCGUGCUAUUUAAUAAAUAUGGCGCGCUAUUUUAUUCACUUCAGUGAUGAACUGCACGCUGCUUACUUCAUUGAAUAUCGCGCGCUUAAUAUCACGCUUAAUUUAAUGUAUGUAUGGCUCUUAUUUAUUUUAUUAUUAGUUGCUACACUAUUUAAAACUAGAUUUACUUUGAACGAGGUGCCGUUUUGAAAUAGCACGCAGAAUAACGCGCGUGCAUGAAAUCCCGCGAGUUUUCUAUCAAACCGAAGCUGCACGUACAUAGAUUCAUUACCAGUACUUCUAUUAGUGUUGAACUAAACAUACAUAUACAUAAACAAUGUUUGAUACCGCGCUUGUUUAUAUAUUUAUGCAUAGAAUUUUAUCCCCGUAUUUGUUUAACGUUUAAAAACAUAUUUGAAUGUUAUUAUAAACACGAGAUGACGAUCACAUGUAUUUAGUUUCGAUACAAGACGGGACAUGUUAGAUGAAAUAUUUCAAUAUAAUCCACACAUGACAGAUGCAUGAAUCGUAGCUGUCACUUGCACACUUGAAUUUUGAGACUGUAGAAUGUUGAGGGUGCAUAGUUCCAAGAAUUCUUGAUGGUAACUCUUGAUUUAAAAUGGCAAUUUUUCAAGUUCUGUUGCGGUUACCACGAGCCCCUGGCUCGAGUGAUUGGACAACUACACCGUCAUUCGACAUUAAUAAAAUAAAUUAUUCUAUUAUUCUAAGUCGCAUUUUCCAAGUCCAAGAUGUAUAGCAAUAAAAAAUAACACAAUAUCUGCUUUAAGCUUUGUUCUUAACAAAGAUUUCCAUCUUGAAUGUGAAAAAUGUAUCGAAUAUCAAAAAUAAUUCCAAAACUACAACAAUGUUUAAGAGUGAAUCUAAGGGCUAUUGGGUAGAACCAAGUUCUCAUAGAGGUUGUAUUGAGCAGUUCUUCCAUUACAUCUGGUGUACAGGAGGAUGUAGGCUUGAGAUUUCAAGACUUCUUGCUCUGAACAUAGUGAUACUCUAGCGUCGUUAUAAAAUACCCAGCUACCUGGAAAAAUGAAAGAUAUAUUGUCGUUUCACCUCAGUUACCACAGUUCAUAAAAUGUAGUUGUCUGACUCAGUGGCGAAGUCAUAGCAACAGGUCAUGUUAUGCAAGUUUUUAAUGGUCGGCAUUCUUCAAACCUUCAAAAACGUAUUCUAGAUGCAGGUUUAUUAGGGACGGACCAUUAGAAAAGUGAUAGUGGGCCAAAACCAAAAAAAAAUUAUUCCCAGAAAAAAAUUAGGAAAAAGAAAAUCUUCCCAGGCAUAGUGCAAAAAAAAAUUCCUAGCUCGGAAGAUAAAAAAAAAUAUUUUCAGCCAUCAAGUGAGAAAAAAACAAACUUCUUCUAUAGGUGUACAAAAAAAUAUAUAUAUUGCCUCUUAGAAAAUCCCCCCUCCCCCCAUCACUUUUCUAAUGGUCCGUCCCUUAGCACAGUAUGACCAGUUGCCAUGGCUACAAUUUUGGACAAAACUCUUGAGACCAUUCCAGCCAAUAUUACAAAGUUAUCGAACAUUGACAAAACAAACUUUGUCUCGCCCUCAAAUGCAGGUGUUCUCCGGGUAAUCCUGAGUCUCAUUGCGUCUGUACGAUAAAGGAGAUAUUUAAUGACAUCAAUAGUUUGAAACUAACCAGCUUGUUCAUUCCAACAAUACGCCACGUAAUGUCCAGCAUCAAAUCUAAGAAAGAAACAAACAUACGUCUAAAAGGUUCAAGAGAAGCUUCAAUCCAUUAACAAGCGAACCACAAGCCGCUCACCGAGCACCGCGAGUCGAACAGGAGACCAAUACUCGCAACCACCCCGCUCGCAAAAAUUAAAUAUGGUAGAUUACUAGCUAUAUCCACAUUUCACCUAUCCUGUCUCCAUCUUUAUAGUAGUAUUUCUAGGGAUGUUUAGAGCUACAGUAUGAUAACAUGGGAAUUCCCCACCGAAUUCCCAUAUAAAUGAUAGUACAUAUAAGGAAACCUCUAGGCAUGUGAAAGGAUAUAUCUAAUGAUAUUUAUGGAUAAAGUAUGAUAGAAUAGGAUAUAUGACUAGGUCUAUUCGUAGUUAACCUACCCAGUCCCCAUAUGAAUGAUGACUCCAGACAGUUUAUAAAGAAAAUCUUGGUCAGUAUAAGAUUCAAAAUGUAGUGGAUGACAAUACGGUUUCAUAUCCAGCUCCACGUCAAACUGAACAUGAGAAACUAUCUUGCCUCGAGUCUGACAAUACCAACUAGAAAACAACAUCUUGUUGCAGUGUGAAGCAGUAAAACAUUAAGGCAGUCAUAUUUAUUCAUGCAGGAAUUUCUGGCUGACAGCGUUAAUACGGUCGCUUCAGAAAUGUUGACAGCCACAGGAGCAAGCAAUUCAAACUAUAUCACUCUAUUAUUUAUUAUAUAAUAACGUUAAGAAUUCAAUUGCUUUCAUUGGUCGAGAGCCAUGCACGGAAUUACGUCACACAAAACCUUAUCCAAUAGCAUUCUCUUAUUUGUAUAGAUCAUAUACGCGUGAUUUUUGUAAAAUUUAGACUUUUUCAAAUUUCCAAAUGCUUGGGUGGAUAAAAAGUAAGCUAUUUACCUGUUUAAUUUGGGGGUUUUCUUUUUAUUAUAUAAAACAAAUAGAUAAGAUUUUGCCGCUGUCUGUUCAGUUAUAAAUAACAUUAUGACGUCAUAAUGUGUAUCUAUAACUUAACAGACAGCCGCAAAAUCUUAUUUAUUUGUUAAGCAUAAAAUACAAGACAUUGAUGUGACAAAAGUCGUCAACUUUCUGGCGAACGUAGUGAGAUUUUAGAAACAUAAAGUAAAUUAACACAAAGAUUAUAGCUGCAGUUGAAUAUUUGCUUAAAUAAAUCAUUAUAUUUACCGAAAUCUUUUUAAAUGCAACCUAAGGAUCUAGAAAAGAAAGAAAUACAAACUCAGGAUAUCACUUAUUUUUUAUUCGUGUAUAUUUUUUUCUCCGUAAAAUCUCAUACCUCUGGCAGUUCAGCUAUUUGAAGUUGUUUCUGAGCAAACUGCAGCGAGUCGGGCGAAGAUGCUUCACAUGAAAAACAAGAAUAAUUUGUAAAUAUGAAAUAAUCCAGGGAUGAGAUAAUCCAGGAAUGAGAUAAUAGUGUUGAACUUACCAGAACAUUUUUCACACCUAUAUGUUCUUCCUUCUAACAUUUCUUGCUGAGUAAACUUUGCUAAUAAUUCUGAAGUAUGAAAGGCAGAUAUACAAGUUAAUACUGAUGACGAUAGUUGGGCUGAUAAAACUCCAUGACAAGCCGGCUAUUGGGAAGGACUAAAUUAUGAGAAAUGACCAACUAUGAAACUGAAAACAAAACAAAAUAAAGUACAAAUCCUUCGAAACUUGCCAUUGCAAAAUUCCUACUGUGAUGACAGAAACUUUGAUAGUGUAAACCAGGCUUACAGUCGUGCCAAUAGAAGCGUUUCGAAAAAUGUUGACCAGGUCAUUUCCUAACUUGAAGGAACACCUCUGAACAAUUCCUCAACAAUUUCAUAAGUUCCUUAAAAAGUUCCUAACUUCCUGUUUCAUUGACCAAUCAAAUUUUAUAUUUUAUUUUUGAGCAAUCUGAUUGGUCAAUGAAACACGGAGACAUUUCUUCACCUGUUAUGUGACAAGAUUCCAUGGAAGGUCUUCUAGCAGGAACACGCCCUCGGGAUGAUCUCGGCUGCACUUGAUACCUGAUGAAGUUUCAAACGUUUUACUGUGGAACUUAAAGUGCAUAUGACAUGAAAUUUCUUAUUUUCUUAAAUGAAAGAACUCUUUAAGUUGUAGUGUAACUUAUUUUUCAGUUUCUUGUUUUUAUGGUUUGUUCCCGAGAUAUUUCAGUUUGUUUGAUAUGUAAAUGAGUGUGAAUAUGUCCGCUAAUUUAUGACGUCAUGUUGGUUGCAAGCUCAACUUACACUGGUUAUAAAUCUAUUAACUCUAAAAACUGUAGAUAUCAGUUCACGUUUUUCUACAGUGUUUCUUCACAUUUACCAGUGAUGGAAGUUUGAAGUUAUCAUCUUGGAUGAUAGCAGAGAUAUUCAACCAUUUUAAAGAGCUUGCAACCAACAUGACGUCAUAAAUUAGCGGACAUAUUCACAUUCAUUUACAUAUCAAACAACAUACCUAUCAGGAAAUUCUAAGGAUAAAUCCCAAAAUUGUUCACGACAUUUGGACACAUUAUGACAGUUAUGACACAAUACCUGCAAAUAAAGAAAAUAUUAUUAGACAAGGAUAGCUCGUUCUAUCCAGUCUAUUAACGAGGUCAGUGAACAGUAGGUCGCAUUCAGUGUAGUAUUGAGAUCAGUAGGUAUACCUCACUAACAAGUUUUCCCUCAAAGACAUUGGGUAGAAUAUCUUUAGGAUGUAUGACGUCAUCAGCUAUAGGGCUCUGGAAGUUGAUUGGACAAUCUCCUUCGAGCUCGGAUUGUAGUCGCUCCAGUACCUCACUUGGAAAAAAAACAGAAAAUAUUUUAUAGACGCUGGUCGAUGCUGUUUCGUUAGCACUUGUUUCCAUCCAGCAAACUGACCUGACGUCAUUUUCGGAAGAUGGAAGAGGUGUUAAAUGGCUAUGUAACAAACCCUACCCUACCCCUACUCUAACCAAACUAAUAAAAUAUAUCCAAAAAGAAUCGACUUUAGAAAUUGAUCAAAUGCGUAACAUCAGUUGAAAAUCAUCUCAAGAAAUGGUCGAUUCAUUCGUCCAACCUACCAAUCGCAGUGUGUUGGUUUAAUUACCAGUCGUGAUAUUACACAAUGGUGACACAUAGCUAUUGAUUGUAUAAACCAAAACGUAGAUAAUGAGGUCUAUUGUGUUUGCACCGAGUUUGCUAACCUUCUUACUCUAUUGACAUAAAGUAAUCCCCGAGUUCCUCUGUUUAAAGCUUACCAGAGAAAUUCCUGAGCAUCGUGUUGUGAAUACCCGAGAAAUGAAGGAAUUAACUUCCACACAGCAUGAAGUACAGCUAGCGGUGUGACGAUUGCCUGAAACAACAUUAGAAUGGAAUAUAGUCGCCAAAUACCGGGGAUGAAAGCGAGUUUCAUAAGACUCGCUACCAGUCCCCGUUGACUCGAUAGCUCAAUGGACAGAACGGCGGCCGAGGUACCCAAAGCUGCGAAUCUCGCUCGAGACAAGGAAUUUUUCCUGAAACUAGUUUUUCAUCCCUCUGAGGAUGGUUGGUAAACUAUAUGUGGUAUACAUAGUCAAAAAGUUGAAGUAUUUUAAUGUAACCUACUUCUUAAUGUAACCAUGGAUAAUAAAAUACAAUCCAUUUUUAUUAUAUUAUUAUUUUACAAUCCAUGAUGCAACCUACCCAUUUACCAGACCACAUGACUCGAAAUAACGCGUGCAGUUCAUCACUGAACAAUCUAAAACGAAACGAAAAUCAUGUUUCCUUAAAACUACUGUUCAUUGUGCCGGCAGCAUAUUUAUUAAUUCUGAAUGUGUGGUAUCUCGAUAGCUAACUUACCAAAACGUUGGUUUGUUAAAUUAUAGACCUUAAGUUUGAUUCCCGGUUCAAAAUUCAUUUAGAAAUUAAUUUUUCAUUUCAUUCUGAGAUCAUUUAGACAUUAUAAGAAAGAACUUUUAUUUUCAAAUAUCUUACACUUUCUUAUUUUGUUCACUCUCAUUCGACUCAUUCAUUGAACUGUCGUUGGCUACUUCGUUUGAAUUGUCAUCGAUUUUUGCUGCAACUAAUCCAUCUUUUUCCUCCAGUAAAGAGUUUGCGUGUUUUCUCUUGUUCGUUGGCCAAGAUUGCUCUUUACGCAACGGCAUUGACACAUGCUGAAAUCAAAACAAAAGGGAAUUUUAAAAUAUUGGAUGGUUCUAUCAGUUCUAAACUGUUCUUAGAGGUCCAGUAAGGAUCAUCUCUUAUCGAUCCAGUGUUACUACAGGAGGAAACCUAAACUAAACUAACUUUAUUUAUGCUGAAUAGCUCUAUCAGUUCUAAACUGUUCUUCCUAGAGGUCCAGUAAGGAUCAUCUCUUAUUGAUCAGUGUUACUACAGGAGGAAACCUAAACUAAACUAACUUUAUUUAUACUGGAUAGCUCUAUCAGUUCUAAACUGUUCUUCCUAGAGGUCCAGUAAGGAUCAUCUCUUAUCGAUCCAGUGUUACUACAGGAGGAAACCUAAACUAAACUAACUUUAUUUAUACUGGAUAGCUCUAUCAGUUCUAAACUGUUCUUCCUAGAGGUCCAGUAAGGAUCAUCUCUUAUCGAUCCAGUGUUACUACAGGAGGAAACCUAAACUAACUUUAUUUAUACUGGAUAAAACUGUUCUUCCUAUCUAGAGUAAGACUGAUGAAAAUACGACCUCAUAACACUCGACUGUCGUCUGUCUUGUGUAGAUGGCGCUGAGUGAACGACAGUUCUUGGGAGUGGAUGUCAAACAUGGCGCGGGGUCAGGUGACUUCAUCACGUGUAGCAGGAGAAAGCAAUGACGGAAGAACUGCAAGUGACUGAAAGUGAAAAGUAAGAAGAUUUUCAUUAUCGUGCAUCAGAUGGUCGUCAACCUGUAGUUAUCAUGCAGUAGUCUUGUAUUUGGAGGGAAAUAAGUAGAAUUGAGAGUGACUAUCAUUAAUCACAGCAAUUAAGCCUCGUUUCAGACGGUGUACUUUUCAUGUGCCAAACCAGCGCCCUGGUCAAACUUAAUUGUAUUAGAUGCGACGCUGGAGCGACACAAGAACGACAGUAGGCAGAAAAGAUUUGCGUUUCAAAGAUUUGCGUUUCAAAGAUUUGCGUUUCAAAGGUUUGCGCUUCAAAGAUUUGCGUUUCAAAGAUUUGCGUUUUUGGUGGCUGGAUAUGCAAUAGGGAAAGAAACAUUAUUAGAGAGGUUAAGAUACCCCGGUUUCGGUGUACGGGUACGAGUAGUGUCAUCUUGUUUUACUGAUGUCUGUAAUUCCAUCAUACUUUUUCUGUUUUCUUGCAAUAGACAAUGAUAUAAUGCGAAAAAUGUGCACCUUAAUUACGAGUAAAGGUACAGACAUCGACGAAAAUAUUGCUAACCAAAAUCAUGCUUCCCGUACACGUACACCGAAACCUGGGUAUCUUAACCUCUCUAUUAGAGAGUCGAAUGUCGAAUUCACGUGCGUGGUCUGUGGUGUAAAUAUGCUUCAUUAUCUUCUCACCUUAAAACCUGUAAGACUGCAUUCAUGUAACAUGUAUUACCAAGAUUACGUAACCCAGUCACGCCAGGUAUUAUCACCUUGCGUCUUUUCUUGGGAGGUUCUGCCAACACACAAAAAUAUUCUACAAAAACUGCUGACAGUUGUGUUAGCAUAACUUGUAAAACUAACAGUUGAAAUUAGUCAGGAUCAUCUUGGAACAUUACCUUUCUCAGAGACCUCUUCAUUUUGUUUUUCUUCUGACUAAAUUACAUAAAAUAAGAAAUGACAUGAUGUGCCAAGCUACUAGAAAUACUCAACAAAAACUCUUUAAUAUGAAUAAACAGAGAACAAGCAUGAAAUAUAUGAACCUGGACUGUCAACUUUUCUUCUUUACUGAGUUUAACAUUUUCUUGAAGUGAACUAAACACUUUUGAUAACAAACUAAGUCUGCAAAAGGAAACAGACACAUAACUUUUACCCUUUAGGUGGCAAUGCACCCUUGACUGAUGCACCCAACUUAAUUAUGUCACUCUGUCUAAUGCCAGGUAGUUUUACUCAUAACAAAUUUACCCAAUGAGUGGCAGCACUCUCCCCAUUGACGAGUAAAAUUGUCUGGCAUAAAUUAAUAGACAGAGUAAAAUAAUAGGGCUCAUCAGGGCACAUUGCUACUUAAAGGGUUAUCAUAUUUUAUUGAUAUAGUCUUGAAUUUGAUACUUCAUAAUUGGAAGAAAAUCCGAAGUGUACUAUGACCAGGAAUAAAUAAAUGUCAUCAAUGCAACAAAACAUGACUUGCCUGCAUUGAGUUUUAAGCUACAUCAACCAGAUGAAGGUAAUUUAGUGGGUUUGAAUAUUAAGUGUUUUAUAUGGUGUUAUGCUCAUGAUGGUUAACAUCAAAUGUAUUUGUCUGUUGGUGUUGGUGUUGGUGUUGACUGGUGUGUUGUGCUUUCUGGAUCCUCAUAUCCGAGUGUUAAAAAAUUACCUCCAAUGACAAACAGCAGUGUAUUGUUUAUCUUCCAUCUUGGCAUGCUCUUUUUCACUUCUGCAACAUACAAAGCUAUACAUCAAGCUAUAUAUUAAUAACCACAAUUAAAUACUUUGAUUUCUUUCCUUUGGCUAGUUUUAAUCCUCUACUUAACUAUAGACUAAUUCCUAACUCAACUACAAACCCCUGUCAGUGACGUAAUUUGAAAAUAUUACUAUAUGGAAAGUUAUAUAAGAAUUAUAACUCACUUAGUGUCCUCAUGUAUCCCUGGCGUACUUGGUCCUCUGAUAACACAACCACUUCUUGUCAAACUUUCAUUAAAAACUUGUGUCUCUAUCUCUGUUAAAGUCUCUCGUAAUAACGCUAUGUCACCAUGACAAUUGUCAUUGAAUACAUAGCUAUCACAUUGGUAGCUGAAACAGAUGCAAGUAACGUAUUACAUUAAGCUGUGUUACUAUACAUCAGGAUGAGUGUUUUCCAUCAUUUUAAGAUUAAGGUACAAACUACAGGAUUCAACAUCCUAAUUUUUUAUGCAUCAUACCAAUAUAAGUAUUUUUUAUUAACUUCCAAGGCCAAUGGAUGCUGUAAGGAUAAGACAAGAAAAAUAAUUAUAUGAUGAAAUUCAUUAACAAAAAUGAUGAGCUGUAUCAAAGUGAAACUCACUCCUUUGUCAGUAAAAUGCUUGACAGCAUGUUCAUCAAUAAACCUGCAAUUUUAAAAUUACUGUUAGGAAAUAUAUCAUGGUUAGAAAAAGGUUGACAAUUUAAUUGAAUGCUUUGGUGUUUGAUUGGCUAAUGAAAUGAUUAGGUUGAAUGACUGAUAGAUUAACCCAUUGAAUGUCCCAUUGAAUGUCCCAGUGUUACAAAUCAACAGAGUAAAAUGACAAAGUGGGGCACAUCAGGGCACAUUGCCACUUAAGAGUUAAGAAGAAAAUUUACAAAGAAUUUGUUUUAAAAUAUUACCUUCCACAUGCUAUAUUGCUGCACUGUAAACAUGCCUAGAUAACAAACAUACGUAAUAGUAUCUUAAGAAUAUGGUGGGUUUAAUGAAAAUAUUAAUAAGCUACUUGGAUGCCUGGUGUGAUUAUAUAAUUUCAACUUCUCCUUAUUAUGACACACAGGUACGUCUUGGCAGAGUUUUAAGGUAUACUGUAACCAAAUCCGUAAAACAGCAAGCCCUGGGGUGAACUUCCCUCCAGCAGGGUUGGUAGGUUUGCUGAAUAAUUAGGUCAAACACCAUCACACUAGGCCUUUGUUUUCUUUGUCUUGGCCUUUUGUUUUCUAAACAGCACUAAUGACGAUUUGGCCUAAUUAAUCAUUUAAUCUACCAACCCUGCCCUCCAGUACUUGUGUUUGCCAACAUCCCCCCAUCCUUGGUACUCUGAUUUCCUUAGCUAGAUUAUUGCGUAAUAUUUUGACACACGUGGGCAGUCAUGACAAAAACAUAUAUAAACAAAGUAUCCGGGUCAUGAGGUCAACUCACUCAAAAUACAAAAAUAUCUUCAAUUCUAUUCCACCGCAUUUCUAACAUGCAUUCAUUCACGAUUACAAGACUUUUAAAAAAUUUAAAAUAUUUGCCGCUCACCCAAACCGACUCAGUCGUUCCACAAUCUACACACGACCACAUACGCGGCGUCAACAUCGCCUCAUUCUUGACACUUUCCAAACCUCGGAUAUGUGGACAUGUCUCCAUUUUUGAAGCAAAAAUUCACAUAAUAUACACCAUACAAUAGACAAAAAAAUGUAGUUGUGAAUAAUUUUGUUUUUACUCAAUCGUAAUUUGUUACAUUUGUAGUAUGAUAGAAUGUUGCAAAUAUUGAUAAAUCGAAACUGGUUACGAAAUUGCGACACACCCCCCUGUCAUAGUGGUUAACCGCUGACCACGGAUACCGGCCGCAUGAGCUGUGUUGAUAUUAAGGUGGCCUACUCCAAUUACUUUUACAACAAAUAAACAAACAAACAAAUAAAAACAAAUAAAUACAAACAUACCGGUGUGAAAACAUGAUAAAUCAAAAUGUUUCAUGAAGAAAAAAUGAAAUCAAUUUUCUCACCAAAUUACAACAUUCGUGUCUGUGUUGUAUACAAGUUUCUAUAUCCAAUACAACACAGCCGCUCAUGUUGUAAAUCGUACAUACAGCACCGUACGCGUGUUUUAUGUUGUAUAACCACUUGGAGUCGUGUUUGCAUCUUCAGUUAAACAAACACCAUUGCUUACUUGAAAACCAUCUCCAAGUUAAUAUUUACGCAAGCAUGACUGAAUGUAACCUGAUCCGUGUGUGUCACCUAAACAUGAUGAUUCUUUUCUCGUAGGAUUAGUUUUAUUGACGUAGCUGAUCUCUGUUGGACCGUGGUUACACGUAAAGGCCAAGACGAAAACCUUUCAAACUCUCCAAAAUACGGAAAUAUUAAAAAAGGUAAGCGCAACAAAAUGUCGCCUUUUAAACCUGUUUUAAAACUUAGGUCAGGUACUGACACUCACUGCCUGGUACUCAACGAGCAAGCUUUCAUGUUCAAAUAUUCCCUGUACUGUCUUUCCUUGUUACUAUGGUGUAGUUAUUCCUCGGGUUUUUCAGCGAGAGAUACGAUCAUAAGGAUAGCCGCGUAUUUUGAACGAGGGUAGAGUUGUUGCCUUUUAUAAUUGUACCAAGAACACGCUUUAUAAACAUGAUUGUUCUCGUGAUUGUUAAUAAAAGUAUUAUUAUCAUAGCGACCGCUUUCGGAGGAUAUUGCAUGGGAUAUUUGUAUACAUGGGAUUUUCCAACUAAAAUUUAUACACAAUUUUAGACCUAAAGAGUAAAGUGAAGUGGGGGCGAAAAUGCGACUUCAGGCCUCCCGGCGCUGAUCACUGAAUUACACAGUGCAGAAAUAUUUUUGUUGUUAUAAUCACAAUCAUUGCGCGUUCAAAUGUAUGUCACGUCGGAAUUCCAAAUGUUUGGUUUGUUAAACAGGCAUUUUAGACUUUAUAAUUUUAGAUUUUAGACUUUAAAAUAGAGGUGUAAUGACUAGAGGCCAAAAUAAUUAUGGCGUAUUUACAAUUGAUACUAUAGAGACCCAAGCUUUUAAAGCAUGUGAAGGUUUCUACUAGGUCUCUACUCUCUAGUAUCAGUUGUAAAUAUGCCGUAAUUAUUUUGUUAGGAAAUAUUGUACAUGAGAACUAAAUUAAUAAAAAAAUAUGUAUAUAUAUAUAUAUAUAUAUAUAAGAGUGUGCGUUCAUGCUUUAAGUUGAUAUAUAUAUAUUGUCCUUUCUUCUUUAAUGUGAACAAGAAAUACUAUAAUUCUUGCGCAGUGGUAACAGUAUUGCGUACUAGGUCAUUAAAAGUAAAAAGGAACGCUAGAUCUUGUAGACAUUCGAGAACGAGGCAAUAUGUGGUGAUAGUUGUGGUUAACUGUGUCUCUGCUAACUAAAAAUUAAUGCGUAGCUGGAAUUCAAUAUUGGGGAUAGCUCUAUCGUUCUCACUGGAGUUCAGGACAGUUCAGUUAGGAUUCCCGCUGUUCAAUUCCAAUACAUUUAUUGAUAACCUUGCCCAUUUUACUCUUGCCCAGAUAAACCUUGCAUAUUUUUGGACUUCUAGAUUAACUUUUGGAUUACCUUUCGCGCAUGUAUUCGCCGAUAGAGUUCAAUAAAUGAACUUUACCAAGAAAAAUAAAGUUAGUUUAGUUUAGGUUUCCUCCUGUAGUAACACUGGAUCAAUAAGAGAUGAUCCUUACUGGACCUCUAGGGAGAACUGUUUAGAACUGAUAGAGCUAUCCAGUAUAAAUAUUUCCUCCUGUAACAAUGGGUGAUAAUGUAAAACUGAUAUCCAGUAUAAUGGAGUUGGUUGGAUUAGAAAUAUUAAAACAUGUUAGGAAUGUUGAAAGGUGGGAAUCUCUUAAAAUAUUACGAACGCAUAAUUAACUUGUUCGCAUCUUGAAUUAUAAUUGUCUCUUGCAUUUACCAAAUUGGAUGGUAGAGCCAAAAAUAGAUAAUUGAGAAAGGUAACCGAAAGCCUUAAUACUCAUCAUUUUCGACCCAAGAUAAAUACAAAAAUUAAUCAUCAUUUCACGAUGUCUUCAACAUCUGGGUCUCUUGUGGUCUGUCUUGUUUUAUAGUCCCAGUAAACAACAAGUGAAUAGUGAAUGUUUCUUGAUAAUUAUCAUCCGAAGUAUACUAUAGUUUGUCGCAAAUAUGUUUCUUAAUAUUGAUUUCAUUGUUAUUUCACGACAGGAAACGAGAAAAUGUCGAGUACAUUUCAUUGGGGUGAUUGGCUCGUCAUCGCUUUCUACUUUGUCUUCACGAUAUGCAUUGGUCUUGUGGUAAGAUACUCGACAUUUUAAGCUUGCGUUUGAGCCAGCGUUCCAGGGCAGCUGAUGUCCACUUCAGAAAUGCUGACACUUCCUGAAACAAGACAAUUAAACUUCGUUUCUCAAUUCUAUUUAUUUUUCAGGCCAAGUUCCGGAAAGGUAAGCGAGGGACAGAAGAGACAGCUGAGGGAUAUUUUCUUGCUGGUCGCACCCUCACUUGGUGGAUGGUUGGUGGUAGUCUUUUUGCCAGUAACAUUGGUGGUACCCAUUUUGUUGGUAUAGCUGGUGAUGGCGCUGCAACUGGUAUAGCUGUGGUAGCUUAUGAAUGGCAGGUAGGUGGUGAUGAUGAUGGUGAUGAUGGUGAUGAUGGUGAUGAUGGUGAUGAUGGUGAUGAUGGUGAAUAGGUGAUGAUGGUGAAUUGGUGAUGAUGGUGGUGAUGAUGAUGGUGGUGAUGAUAAUGAUGAUGGUGAUGAUGAUGAUGAUAGUGGUGGUGGUGAUGAAAGUAUGAUGACGAUGGUAGUGAUGGUGCUACUCAUAAUACACUCUGUUCAAUGUUUCGUUUAUGAACAUUUCAGGCUUCUUGGAUUCUUCUUCUACUGGGAUAUGUUUUUGUUCCCAUCUACCUUAAAGGCGGGGUGAGUGACACAAUUUCUUGAAAUGCUCACAGGUAUCAGGGGUACACGUUCUUGCUGACAAACCUUAUAUUUAUUGCAGGUGUUCACCAUGCCGGAGUAUUUAAAAAACCGUUAUAAAAGCACCGCUAUUCAGCUGUUUAUGACAGUAGUGGCUCUCGUCAGCUAUGUCUUCACAAAAAUCUCUGUAAGUUCAAGCACGAGUUUAUGUGUUCAAUUAUUUUUGAAGUUUGUGUGAGGAAAAAACGAAAAACAGUAAGAUGGACGAGAAAAAAUGAGUGAGAAAACAAAAGAAAGUUUGGAAAUAAACGUUGAUUGAUUUUAGGUUGAUAUUUAUGCCGGAAGUCUUUACUUCAGAGAAGCGACUGGCACCAAUAUCUACAUCUCGGCUGUCAUUAUACUGGCCAUUACAGCUCUAUAUGUCAUACUCGGUGAGUGUAAUGUCAAUGUAGCUUUUACAGUAAGCUAUCAUGGUAUGUCAAUGUAGCUUUUACAGUAAGCUAUCAUAGUUUGCGUCUGAAGUGCGUCAUUGAGAUUAAACAUGUCGAUUAAUUUCAUUUUCAGGUGGUUUAGAGGCGGUGACCUACACUGACGUAUUACAAUGUAGUAUCAUGUUGAUUGGCGCCGUAAUUCUUACUAUUAUGGGUAAGAUCAUUCUCUCCCCUUGCUGAACUUUAUUUAUACUGGGUAGCUGUAUCCGUUCUUUCUGAAUAUUUUUGCAUAACAUGAAUGUGCGUCCGAAAUAUCGUUGAAAUUUAAUCAAAAACGACCUAAAACACGGCUAUAUUGAAUGGAUGUUAAAUGUUCUUCUUUAAGGUUUCAACGAAAUCGGUGGUAUUGACGCUCUAUGGGACAAAUUCCCACUUGUCGCUGGUCAUUACUCCAAUAAUCUAACCCUGCCAACUAACGUUUCAACUAACGUUUCAAUUGACGCACCAAUUAACGCAUCAAAUUGCUACACCGUCACGCCAUAUUGGGCAAACAUGUUUAGACCCAUAGAUGAUCCUGAUUAUCCCUGGCUGGGUCUCUGGUUAUCCCUACCCAUCAUUGGAAUAUGGUACUGGUGUACUGAUCAGGUAAGAUGACGUCACUGUCGCGUGUGUGUCAUGUGAUUGUCACGUGAUUUGUGUACCCCACAUCUCCCUCAUUCAACAAUAUCUUUGACCAGCUCUCCUUCAUUUUUUCUUUCACGUGUCCAUACCAUCUCAACAUUACUUUCCUCACCUUCUUUGCAACGUCUACCACAUCACAUCGUCUGAAUUCUUCAUUUCAUCAUUUCCCUGAUCAGCUCUCCUUCAUCUCUUCUCUGUCCAUACCAUCUCAGCCUUACUUCACCUCAUGUCGUCUUUAAAUCUUAUCGUCUUUAAACUAUUACAUCUUCGCUUGUUCAUGUUCAGUGUUGUCUUCCUCCCAGGUUAUCGUUCAACGAACCUUGGCGUCAAAAUCGCUCGCUCAUGCAAAAGGCGGGACAAUUUUGGCGGGAUUUCUCAAAGUCAUUCCAAUGUUUAUCAUGGUGAUGCCUGGAAUGAUUUCCCGGAUACUUUAUCCCGACAGUGUCGGUUGCUCUGAUGCCAAGACUUGCGAGAAGGCUUGUGGUAAUGAACUGGGCUGUAGCAACGAGGCGUAUCCCAAGUAAGUAUUGUGGAUGAUCCUUAAUCGACCUCUAGGAAGAACAGUUUAGAACUGAUAGAGCUAUCCAGUAUAAAUAAAGUUAGUUUAGUUUAGUUUUCCUCCUGUAGUAACACUAGAUCAAUAAGAGAUGAUCCUUACUGGACCUCUAGGAAGAACAGUUUAGAACUGAUAGAGCUAUCCAGUAUAAAUAAAGUUAGUUUAGUUUAGGUUUACUCCUGUAGUAACACUGGAUCAAUAAGAGAUGAUCCUUACUGGACCUCUAGGGAGAACAGUUUAGAACUGAUAGAGCUAUCCAGUAUAAAUAAAGUUAGUUUAGUUUAGUUUUCUUCCUGUAGUAACACUGAGGCGUGGAAGAAGGGACGAUAAAAUUGAUAUUUUCUUUUCAAGACUUGUGUUCAACUUGCUUCCCUCUGGUUUAACUGGGCUCAUGAUGGCCGUGAUGAUCGCGGCAGUGAUGUCAUCAUUAUCUUCAGUUUAUAACAGCUGCAGUACGAUCUUCACUGUUGAUAUCUGGCAGUAUAUACGACCUAGGGUAUGUUUAGUCACACGUUAUCUAACAGCAUCUAAAAUGUAUCCAGUUUUGACAGCUGUAGCAUGAGAUUGAAGCACGCCACCAUGUUGAUUGCUUUGCAGGCUGGUGAAAGAGAGAAACUUAUAGUUGGACGACUUGUCGUCGUUUCCUUGGUUGGCCUCGGUGUCGUGUGGCUGCCUUUUAUUGACAGUAAGUAAAUAUGAACUUCUUUUUCAGGUAGUUCACACACAAACCACGGCAGUUAAUUGUAGAAUAGACCCUUUGCACAUGACGUCACAGCGCCGGCGACGAUGCAUCUGGAGGACACAUUAGCAAUCUAUGCACAAUGUAACUUUUGUAAACAAAGCAAAUUUUGCAAAAGUUUAUAAUAAUUUUGUAUUAAAAUGGUUCAUUUUUGGGCUGUAUGUGGUUGUUGUACCCGAACAUAUAUUGUUAGGGAGCAUCUGGAGGACACUCUAAGGAUUUGUGACGUCAGUGCUAAGGGUCUAUACUACCUACACUGAACCACCACGUUUGAGAUAUCUUUUUCAACUAGUUCAGACACAAACCAUGGCAGCUUACUGUAGAAUACUAACUACCCGUGACCCUUUGUUUGAUAGGAUAUAUAUAUGUAGUGUUAGUGUAGUAAUGUUUAAUUAUAUCUGACUUUUCAAAUCUUUCUAGGCGGAAGUGGCAGCCGUCUGUUCAAGUAUAUUCAAACUAUCCAGGCGUUGUUGGGUUCGCCUAUUAUGGCUGUCUUCUCAAUUGGUAUACUGUGGCCGCGUGCUAAUGGCUGGGGAGGAUUAGGAGGUAGUGAUUACACCAACUUUAUUUACACUGGGUAGCUCUUUCCGUUUCCGCCUCGAGGUCCAGUGAGUACCAUUCUAUAUUGAUCCAGAGUGGUCCUGUGUUACUACAAGAAGAAACAGGAGUACUUGGAGGUUUUUGGUUGGGUCAAACUGGAAGCAUUCUUCUCACAUGUGACUGAGGUGAAAUUAUAAUGAGACAACUGGAUAUUGCAGGAAUGAAACCUCAGUCACAGAGAUGAACGAUACAUGCCCUGACCACUGUGUCAACAACACUUCUUAUUAAAACUUGCCUCCACUAAAAUGCUUCAGUGGUAUUUGGUAUUAUCUCCUAUUCGCGCUGAAAUUGAUGGAAAUAUUACUCGUUUACUAAAUAAUAAUUGAAAUGGUAUUUCUUUCGUAAAGGCUUGGUGUUUGGUACCAUUCUCGGAGUCGUCAGGUUCAUCACUGAAUAUGUUUACCCAGCUCCAAAAUGUGGUGAGGUAGAUGAUCGUCCCGGUUUUGUCUCCAUGAACUUUAUGUAUUUUGGUAAGUUGUUGCCACAACACUACAACAUUAACAUUAUUUUCUCGUUCUGAUAACUGCAGGUUAACUACCAUCUAGGAAGGAGUGUUUCCUAUAGCUUGUCAUGGUCAAAACUUAACUCAGAUUAUCUUUUCUUGCAGAUUAACUACCAUCUAGGAAAGAGUGUUUCCUAUAGCUUGUCAUGGUCAAAACUUAACUCAGAUUAUCUUUUCUUGCAGAUUAGCUACCAUCUAGGAAAGAGUGUUUCCUAUAGCUUGUCAUGGUCAAAACUUAACUCAGACUAUCUUUUCUUGCAGAUUAACUGCCAUCUAGGAAAGAGUGUUUUCUAUAGCUUGUCAUGGUCAAAACUUAACUCAGAUUAUCUUUUCUUGUAGGAGUGAUACUUUUUGUUGCUACAGCUGUCGUGAUUAUCGUACUCAGUCUUCUAACCGCGCCUAUCCCCAAGGAAGAGCUGGCAGGUCUGACCUGGGCCACUAUCAGAGAGAAAAAGCAAGCAAGGAAUGUUAAGCCAGAAGUGAAUGUUGCCUCUGAUGACUGUAUGUGGUGUUUAGUCAAAUUUAUCAAAUUCAGAAAGACAAAAAGAUCAGGAAGUUGUUCUGUAUAGAUGUAGUGUAGUGUAUGUAACUGCGUUGUAGGCCAAUGAUCAUUCCUGGGAGACCCGAUUCAAUGCUUGGUCGGCCCCUACUCAAGGGUUUAAAACAAGUUCGUUUUGUUGUAGUUUAUUUAUCGGCCUCGAUUUUUCUUUCAGAUGAGAUGAGUCAUAAUGGCGUGGCGAAUGUAAAGAUGUCUGAUCACCAGAUUGAGUCAGAGCUGGUCGUGGAAGAAGAUAUUCUUCAUCAGACAACCUCUGAGAAGAUUAUCACAAUGAUUGGUUCAAUAUUGUUGCUCUUGACGUUGGCCUUCCUCUGGAUAUGGUACCGUUAAUAACAUUGCCAUUGAACUCAAAUGACCUGGGAUAGAAACUGCUAUGGUUCAUUCAAGUGCUCACUAAAUGGAUAUUUCGAGGGACGGCUCUUCGGCGGGAAGUUCGGAAGGAUACCGUCACACCACAGAAUAGGAAGGUACAGCAGAAGUGUAACUUGAGUCGGUUCCUUUAUUGUUUUACGUCCACGAAAAUUUUAACUCGCUCACGCCAUCCUGGCUAGUACAAUCGGAAGUUUUUAUCAGGUUUUGGUAGGUACAAAGUGCCGGUUGUACUAGCCAGGAUGGCGUGAUUGAUGACGAAUCGCUUGUAAAAACGCGGACAAAUACUUGCUUGAGUUACACUUAUGCUGUACCUUCUUAUUCUGUGGUCACACGCUGCGAUUUGUCGGGCCGAUUUUAGGUUUUCCUGAAUGUUGUUGAUGAAUAUUAUCAGUUGUUGCUGUCGUCAGAUGACGUUUGGUACAAUAUCAUUAAAGUGAAUCUGAAUCGCAACGUGUGAACGCACACGUUAACCAAACCUUACAACGAUUCUUGCUUCUCUUGAGGGUGUUUCCUCGAAAUGUCGGAGCGUUUGAGAGUGUUUAGGCAGACACGAACCACCAUAGCUUAUCGUAGAUCUCCACGUUAGAGAAAGAAAAAGGCAGUUCCUAUGAAGAGAGUUCCAGGUCUUUUGAGUUCAAUGACUUCAUUUGCAGCAUACUGUAUAUUAUCUGCUGAUUAUUGGGUGAUUAACCGCGCUAUUGAACAUAUUUAACCGUGCUAUCUAACCCUUGGAUAAGCUGGGAAACAUCACGGAAACAUUAUUUCAAAGUUCUCUUGUUUUGUUUUAUGUUUCCUCUGGAAUUAUGAAAUAAUGUUUCCGGGAUAGUGUGUUUUCUUCUAGCUUGCCAGAGCUUAGAAAUAUUAUGAUGUAAACUUCGUAAUAAUAAAUGUAAUAAUUAAAAUUAUUUUUCUGCUUGUCUGAUUUUAUUACAC